AUGGCGCGUUCGCUCCGACGUCCGGGAGCUCUCCCGCUGGCCCUCGCCCUUGUGGCUCUGGCCUUGCACUCUGCCCCCAGCUUUGUGCCGAACUCGGCCCCGCAACUCCGAGGGAGCCUGCGGCCCCAGCGCAUCGUUCGCUACGCAGAUCCUGAGGAGGUUACAGCCUUGGCGAAGUUGGAGCAGGAUAUUGAGGCCAAGAUUGAGGAGGCAGAUAAGGCGGAGGAUAACUCUCGAAAGUCGGAGCUUGCCCGCCUUCUGGUGCUGACUCGCACCAGCGCCGCGGCCACUGCAUGGCAGAUGACCAAGGAGCUGAAGACGGAGGUGGGCACCAGCGUUGCGGCCGCUAUCAGCGAGUUUGUGGGGAAGGAGGACUACAAGAUGGAAGAUGUGGCGGCGAAGGUGGAGGAGAAAGUCACAUCGGCUGUGAAGAAGCUCGACAAUGUGUAUCUCACCGCCGAUGCCGCAAAAGCGGCUCCAGAAGGAAGCAGUCCCAUCAUUCUUUCCCAGGUCGUGAAACCCGUGGCUGGGCAAAUCAAAGAGGGAGCAAAGGAGGCUGCGCUGGCCUUCACGGGCAAGGAGGAGUACAAGUUCGGGGACAUUAGCAAGGAAGCCGCCGCUCGUGCAAAGGUUGCAGUUGCCACGCUCCUUGGCAAGGAGGAGUACCAGUUUGGAGACGUGACAAAGGCUGCGAUCAACAAAGCCAUGGACAAGUUCGCUGACUUCACGGGCAAGGAAGGAUACAAGUUUGGGGACAUCACCAAGGCCCUGUUGCGCAAGACGCUGGACUCUGGACUACUUGGAGAAAGAUGGAGGUGCUGA